UGAUACUUAGCCUGGCUUUACGCACCGUAGCCCACCGUUAGCCCACCGUUGGGCGCCAGGACGAUCGGGUCUGAUCAAGGAUCGAUUUGUGGGAAAUCACGGUGGUGACGUAUCGCCAUAGCUUGAGGCAAGUUGGACCCUGUAUCUGGGAAGAUCCCCAACCAAAGUUUAGGAAGGAGAGAGGCGAGCUCGCGUGCGAAUUGAGGAAGGAGUCGGACCCUCAGAAUUUGUCCUCACUGGUCAAAUAGACGGCCAAGGUAUUUACUAACAGCGAAUUUCACGCAUUUCCUAGCGAUCACCAAGAAGCUCCCCCGCACUACCAAGUCCCUAGAAGUGUAAUUGUUUCUCCGGGCCCCAUCCUGCAAGAUCCCAGUUGCGGAACCAAAGAAGCGCCUGGCGCUCUCACCGUGAGAGUUUAUUAUAGCUAGGCCGUCACUGGCGUGACUUCAGCUCUCGCUCCAAAGGACCACAAGUCUCCCGAUGUUGGCUGCUCCCACUGCGGGAGCAAAGAGGACAUUUUUGUCCACCGCCUUGUCGAGGCCUUCGUUAAGUAUUACGGCCAUGACAACGGCUGCGACAGUUCCGAGACUGAGAUCAAAAGAGCUCCAACGAGGCGUUCUAAUCGAACUCUGGGAUUAUGUAUUUGGCGAUGUGUGGCGUGCGCAACGACUUAAUCCUGCAGUCCACCAUGGCAGUCAUACCGUUCGUAGUGCCUUUUCUGGUUCUGUUGAGCCAUUUGUUACUGGAACAUUGGGGGCACGUCCUUUGAGGCCCAGGCUCAAAGGGUGGAGACAAUACUCCACCCAAGCUGAUCCCUCUUCUCACCCUAAAGAACCAUCGAUCAACGUAUCGAGUACACUUGGAGCGACUACUCGGGGCAGCGAAAAUGGCCGGAGCGUUUGGGAUAAUCUGAUAGACGACAUAAGCUUGAGCGACGUUGCACCACUCCCAGUUCGGAGGCCCACACAUUUCAACAAACCUGUAGUGGGACCGAUGGGUCGGCCAGCCAUCCGUCGACAAGCAAUGACACGAGAGGAAUCAAAUAUUUUCACGGAACUUUUCGACCAAAUAUUUGCUUCACGAAAAGGUCGCCUAAAUUCAUCUUCAGUGAAGAAAAAUGAUCCUCUCUCUGGCGUCGGCAUUGGGCGAAAACCGGGUGAUAUGGAGCCCCCAUCCGUGCAUACCCUUUACGGGAAGCUAAAGCGUCGAUCAAAACGGCACCAUGACGUUACGAACGUCGACAAUAUAGUUGAGAGGCUUCGCGCUGAGAUGGACGUCAUUGAGACAGAUAAAGCUCUACUAGACUGGGCGAUGGAAAAGGUCUUCACUACAAAUGGCCUUCUUCCCUUCACGGACAAAGAAUCUUGGAGCAAGAAGAACGAGUCCGAAACCACUAUCAGCCCCUCUCUCACGUCCCCAACAUCACCACUCCCCAAAGCUCCAGAAGCAGACGAGCUAACACGCAUAUCCACGUACCCCCACCUUCUAAGCACACUCAUCGCUACCUUCCGUGACAAAUUCCACGAUCCCCACCUCUCACUCUCUGUGUUCGCCUACGCUAGACGUCACAGUAUCCACUCCUACGUCUUCGACGUUCAUGGUGUCGUCGAAGCAUUACAGGAGAUGAAAAAUAAUGGCGUUUUCCCCGACAAUCACACUCGAAAUCUUGCCAAACGCAUACGUAAAGAAGCGAUGCAAACUGGGCUAACGACACUCGGGCCAGAAACGUUGGAUCAACCCAGUAUAGCAGCUAACGACCCGGUGCUCUUGCUGUACUUGGAUCGGAUGGAUGAGCUGAUAGAAUCCGAGGAUGUUCAGCCUGCCUCGUUGCAAGAUGGCCAGAAUGUCGGAAUGAGGUCACCCGAAUUUAAGAAAGGCCCAUAUAGGGGACCUCGACCCCGACCAACACUUUAUAAAAUGGCAGAAGAAGACAAGCUAGAGCUCGUGUAAUCUCAUGCAUGACAUAGAUCCUUAGUAGGGAUAUUGAUAUGCAGAGAAAAUAAUUAAUAUUGGUACUUCCAUGCAUAAUCAUUAUUACUGUACUAUCCUCCAAAACGCAUUUGACUACAUUAUGUG